UUAUUCACUUUCACUCUUUAAUCCGUGAUUUAGUGAUUUAAUGUUCUUCAUCCUUCAGCCUGGAAGCUCCUGGUCCACAGACAGACAGAUAUUCACAUUUACACUGAUCUACAGCAGUCAGACAGAACCGGUUCACUGAGAGGAGAAAACAGGAGAAAACAGGAGGAAGAAGGAGGAGUCCGGGGAUCUGACGCACUGAGCGGCUGCGCCUCGCUUCACUCCCCGCUGCAGGAAGAGACUCGGCGGUUCGGAAAAGCUCCAGAAACGGACCCGUCGAGGCGGACAGAGAGACCCGGAGGACGGCUGCUGCGGGCGAUGAGCUCCGCGGUGACGGCCGGAGGACAGCGGCGGCUCCGGGGCUCCUGGUCGGGCUGGACGCCGCAGCAGUGAGCUGCUCUCCGGGCUCAUUGUGUGCUGAGUGGCGCAGAGAAAAGGAUGCCUCCGCGGCCGCGCACUCUGCUCCCGUUCCCGUUGAAAACACGGAUUAUUUCCCGACGCCGCCUGGAUCUUCUGCCCCGGACGGAGCGUGAGGUUUGUGCGGGGCUCCAUGAGGACCGUCCAUGAGAACAGGGAGGAGCAGGAGGAGUCCGGCCGCGGCGCCAUGGAGGACAAGGAGAGCAAUCUGCGGACGGCCCGGCUGUGGAGGGAUGCCGCCCUGCGCUCCAGGAAGCUGCGCAGCGACCUGCGCCAGCUCACCCUCUGCUCCAAAGACAACCGGAUCGAGCUGCCGGAGGACAUCGCCGAGAUAGAGGCGCUGAACCUGGGCAACAACUCUCUGCAGGAGCUGCCGGACGGGCUGGGCUCCUCCCUCAACAACCUGCGCAUCCUGGUCCUCCGCAGGAACCGGUUCAGCACCGUGCCACGGGUGGUGUCGGAGCUGGGGCGGCUGGUGGAGCUGGACAUGAGCCACAACAGCCUGCGGAGCCUGUCGGAGGCGGUGGGUCAGCUGAGGGGGCUGAAGAAGCUGUGCAUCAGCCACAACAAGAUCCAGAACCUGCCGACCCAGAUGGGAGCGCUGCAGUCCCUGGAGGAGCUGGACAUCAGCUUCAACGAGCUGCGGGACCUUCCCAGCUCCUUCUCCGGACUGUCCAGGCUGCGGACGCUGGACGUCGACCACAACAAGCUCAACCGGUUCCCCGCGGAGAUCGUGGCCCUGGGCGAGCUGGAGGAGCUGGACUGUUCGGGGAACAAGUUCGAGGUGCUGCCGUCGGACAUGGUGAAGCUGAGCUCCAUCAAGAUCCUGUGGCUCAGCAGCCUUCACAUGUCCUCGCUGCCCGACUCCUUCUGCCAGCUGACCAACCUGGAGAGCCUGAUGCUGGACGGAAACAGCCUCACCGCGCUGCCUGCCGCCUUCGGUCGCCUGCAGAGGCUCAAGAUGAUCAAUCUGUCCUCCAACGAGCUGCAGAACUUUCCUCAGGUCCUCCUGAACAUCACAGGGUUGGAGGAACUUUACCUGAGCAGGAAUAAACUGACUCACAUUCCUAAGGAGAUCGGCCAGCUGGUGGCGCUGGUGAACCUCUGGCUGGACAACAACAACAUCACCUACCUGCCGGAUUCCAUCGUGGAGCUGGAGAAGCUGGAGGAGCUGGUCUUACAGGGUAACCAGAUCGCCAUUCUUCCAGAUCAUUUUGGGAAGCUGUCCAAGGUGAACAUCUGGAAGGUGAAGGACAACCCUCUGAUCCAGCCUCCGUACGAGGUGUGCAUGAAGGGGAUUCCUUACAUCGCCGUCUAUCAGAAGGAGCUCGCCCACUCGCAGCUCGCCGUGAAGCCGCGACUGAAACUGGUUCUGAUGGGGAUGAAGAACGCCGGGAAGACCUGGCUGAGGCGCAGCGUGGUGAGCAGGCAGCAGGACACCAGAGGAACGCAGGGAAACAAAGGCAUCGAAGUCACCAACUGGGUGGCGGACGCCGACCGCCGUCUCACCUUUCUGGUGUACGACUUGUCAGGGAAGCAAAACUACGACCUCAUCAAACCCUUCUUCCUGUCCCCCGGUGCUCUCUACGUCAUCGUGGUCAACCUUAAAACGUAUUCUCCAAAGAACUUUUACGCCCACGUCGGGUAUUUCCUCCACCUGCUCUGCGCCAAAGUGCCCCACGCCGUGGUGUGUCUGGUGGGGACCCACGCUGACCUGUGUGGGGAGCUGGAGCUGGAGGAGAAGAGCCUGGACAUCCACCGGCAGAUCGGACUGCAGGAGCAGAGGGACGUUCAGAACCUGAGGAGCCUGGCCCAGCAGGUGGACCGGGCUCUGGAGCAGGGCUACAGCGUCCGCACCUCCAGCCCUCACGUCCUCUUCUACGGCGUCUCCGACCGCAACCUGAGGCGCAGGAAAGCCCAGCUGCAGUACAUGCUGAACCACCGGCUGCAGAUCCUGUCUCCCGUGAUGAGCGUCAGCUGCACAGAGACGCAGAGGAACGUCCAGAGGCUGCGGGAGAAGCUCAUGUCGGUGGCCGACCACCGUGAGAUCUUCCCCAACCUCCACCGCGUGCUGCCCAAGUCCUGGCAGAUGCUGGAGGAGCUGCACUUUAAGCCCAAAGACUUGUGGCUGUCCUGGUGGGACUCGGCUCGUCUGGGCCUGCAGGCGGGGCUCACCGAGGACCGGCUGCAGAGCGCCUUGUCCUACCUGCACGAGAGCGGGAAGCUGCUGUACUUUGAGGACAGCCUCACGCUGAAGGAGUACGUCUUCCACAACCUGCCCCGCUUCAUCGCCAUCCUUAACGUCUUCUUCCAGCGGGACGAGUCCUCGCUGCUGGACCGGCUGCUGUCGGAGGGGGAGCGGGGGGACAAGGGCCGGGUGAGUCUGGUGAUGGAGGACGAGAAGGGGGAGAACCUCAGGGUGACGCACCUUCAGCAGCACGUGGAAGGCUUCCUGCAGCACGGCCGGCUGCCCUCCAACGUCAUCCGGCUGCUGCUGCGGCCGCUCAUCCAGACGCAGCAGGACCUGCACCUCAUUAUGGAGCUGCUGGAGAAGAUGGGCGUCUGCUACUGCCUCAACAAGCCCCGCAGCAAGCCUCUGAACGGCGCCACCGUGUGGUACAAGUUCCCCAGCUACGUCAGCAGCGAGGAGCCCCGGGCCGAGGCGGCGUCCGGCAGCGGAUCCCUGCCUCACUUUUUCUCCGUGGAGCAGCUCCACAUCCAGUACAGCUUCCCCUUCCUGUUUCCUCCUGGACUGUUCUCGCGCUUCAGCGUGCAGAUCAACGGACACGUAGUGCAGCGCUCCGACGGACGCCACCAGAUCUUCGCCUAUCGGGGGAAAGUCCCCGUGGUGAUCAGCCACCGGCCGUCCAGAGGGAGGCCUCAGGCGGAGACGCUGUCCAUCGCCAGCCACGCCUCACUGCCCAACAUCUGGACGGCGUGGCAGGCCGUGACGCCGCUGGUGGAGGAGCUGAACAUGCUGCUGCAGGAGUGGCCCGGCCUCCAUUACUCUGUCCACAUCCUCUGUUCCAAGUGCCUCAAGAGAGGGUCCACCGACCCCCAUGCCUUCCCAGGUGAGCUGCUGAGUCAGCCCCGACCUGAAGGUCUGACUGAGAUCAUCUGUCCAAAGAACGGUUCUGAGCGGGUCAAUGUGGCGCUGGUCUACCCCCCUACCCCGACCGUGCUCAGCCCCGGCCUCCAGUGACCUGACCCACCUGUCCAGAACCUCCAGAACCUCCACCCUCCAUCCCGACCCGCUGCAGAGCACCGAACGCUGCUUCUGCUGUUGUGCGACUCCUCUUCACCCUGAUCUGUAACUUAAGGAGCACAAACUUCCUCCAAACUUUUACUUCCUGUUCUGCACCUGUUCAGACUCUGCAGCCUCUCAUGUAGCCACACCCCUCCAGGAGACAGGAAGUGAUGCAAGCAGACACACCUGGACACAGCUGUAGCUGCAGGUGGAUCGAGCCUCCUGACUGGACUGUAGGAUGUGAGACGACGUGACGACAUGUUCAUCAGUUUGUUCACAUCCAGGACACACAGACACACCACACAGCAGUUAAACACAGACACACAACACAGCAGCUAAACACAGACACACAACACAGCAGCUAAACACAGACACACAACACAGCAGCUAAACACAGACACACAACUUCCAUCACCGAUUCCACAUUUUACAAUUUUACACUGAAUAAACUCUAUAAUAUUCAUAGUUUUACUGAAUUUGGGCACAAAUCGACUGCAACAACACAAAACGACCACAAAGAGACAGGAAACGACCACACAGAGACACAAAAUGACCACACAGAGACAGAAAAUGACCACAAAGAGACACAAAACAACCACAAAGAGACACUAAACGACCACGAAGAGACACAAAACAACCACAAAGAGACACUAAACGACCACGAAGAGACAGAAAACGACCACAAAGAGACACAAAAUGACCACACAGACACAGAAAAUUACCACAAAGAGACACAAAACGACCACACAGAGACACAAAACGACCACAAAUAGACACAAAAUGACCACAAAGAGACACAAAACGACCACAAAGAGACACAAAACGACCACACAGAGACACAAAACGACCACAAAUAGACACAAAACGACCACAAAGAGACACAAAACGACCACAAAUAGACACAAAACGACCACAAAGAGACACAAAACGACCACAAAUAGACACAAAACGACCACAAAUAGACACAAAACGACCACAAAGAGACACAAAACGACCACAAAUAGACACAAAACGACCACAAAUAGACACAAAACGACCACAAAGAGACACAAAACGACCACAAAGAGACACAAAACGACCACUGUUGUGUUGCUCUGGAUUCUGAGACAAACUGCUCCACAUGUUGUUCGCUCUGAGAUGAACUGACAUUAAGAUGUCCAGGUGUGUGUGUCCAGGUGUGUGGAGCUGGUGUCAGCAGUGAGGUUGUGUUUGUGUAAAUAAUAUCUUUAUUUUUGUAUGUUGGUGAGUCGGUGAGCUGCAUGAUCACAGACACACAGUUUGUAUGAAGCUGAAACCAAAUAAACAGAGACUGGUUCAGUA